AUGACUACUACCGUAUAUUUUCCCAUCACUCUUUCUGAAUCCGCAGUGGCUGUUUGGACGCCAGAAGCCUCGCAAACUGUCCCUGCUGGUUCUACACAUCCCAUCUCUUUGCCAACGUCUUGUCCUGUACUUACUGAUGGGAGAAAUUCCCAUGUUAUCGGAACAGCGGCAUCGCCGACCGUUGUGACAGACACGACGUCGGCAGCGGGCCAACCUGUGUCCAUGGCGAUAUCAUACCGAUGCGAAUACAAUGUUACCGAGCUAACGUCAACAACAGCAACGAAAGCCUCGGGAGUUUCGAAUGAUGCUGCCUCAAAAAUAGUCAUUGGAACCCUGGCUGGAGUUGCGGCCCUGUUGGCUAUGGCAGGGCUUUUGGGAUACUACUUUAUGAGACGAAGUCGGGCGCGUCAUGUCCAGCAGACGCGUGACAGCCUACAACGUCGCAAGGGGGCGGCAUUUACAGGCUUCAUGAAACAUUUUCUCCUGCAAGGUGCUCAUGUAGGCUGGGGUCAAAUUCGGAAAGAUUUCGAAGAAAUGCAAAGCUGCUUCCAUGACGUUGUCCGUGCAGGGUUCGAUCACCAGAAAGUCAUUCCGAAUUCUAUUUCCCUAAAUAAGUCACUUGAGCCUCUUGGUCUAAGCGAGGAUAGUCGCAACUUGAUCUGUGAGCUGGUUACUGAGCCUCGUACCCGCCACAUUGCGAUACGCCAUUUGCUUGCGUGGGCGAUAUUUUCUAAUCUGGAUAUCCGUUCAGUCGGGCCGCUCUCUCUCCUACACCCUGCGAUUAAAAACUUCAUGCUGUAUGUUCCCGAAAACAAAAGGGAUCCGAAGGAUUAUUUGGACCCAAUGGGCGAUGGUAAGAGACUUCUGCCGUUAGCAUGGGGGAGAAAUUGUGCUGACUCGUAUUCGUGGAAUUCAGAAGACAUCAUUCAAAAUGCUUGGAGACAACUUUCCGCUGUGUUGUUGCAGGAAAGAACAUUCGUCACGAUGAACCAUCACCUCUAUGACGAAUUCAAUCCUCAUCUUGACUCCCAGGUCGAAGCUCUGGUGAAUGCGCUUUCCGGCUUCUUCGACCAUUUACCCAAGUUAGAUGGGGUCUUUGUGUACGGAUGGACGCCUGCUCUACGUUCUAUGAUUUCGAGAAGCGCACACCUGGGCUACAUACUCGCCUCUGAUCCGGGUAAUUGGGAGAUAAGGAUUCCGCCGCCAUCGCCAAACUAUGGAAUUUGUGUCUUCCCGGGUCUAACUUUACUGAGCGACAAUGAUCGGGAUCCCUUGGACCGGCCUCAAGUUUUCAUAAUGCCCGAGAUGGAAAAAGUCGACCAUGUUGGAAAAGCUGACCGAGGUAAUAACGCCGAGGCACAUACCGAUACGAGCACACUAGGCAGAGACGAAUGA